UAACAUAUCACUUUAUUACAUCUAAUAUUUAUAGUUAACAUAUUUAAAAUUAAUGUUUAAAGUUAAUAAUAAUAAAGUUUAUAAAAAGAUUCAAUGCAAUAUUUAUGCGGAGAGGCAGUUGGCGCACUCAAUCUCAUGCCCAGCUGUUGCUUAUAAUGUUGUGUGGGAUCUGAAGAAGUAAUACGCAAACAAGUAUACGGUAUACACUGCUGCACCGCCGAAGUUGAUUAUCUGAUGCAAAUGACUGCUUUAAUGUAACGUUUGUAACCUAAGACAUCUAUAGCUCCGUUAACGGUGAAAUAAAUCUCGAUUGCUAUUAUAGUAAGUAUAUACUUUACAAUUUGAACACCAAAGUAAUAUAUUUCAACAAAAUUGUACCAGUAGAUACAUCCAAUCAGAUUUUAAUUAAAAAAUUUGCCAAGGGUCUUCAAACGUUGGGUCCAAUUGUACUAAAUAUGAUUAAAGAGAUAGAUGAUAAACAUAAUUUCAAAAAUAUAAAAGAAAUUACAAAUCCAUUUAAAAACUCGCAAGGAUUAUUAUAUACAAAUUUUUAUUUGAAUAAUCUUUCGAAUACCUUAUUAUUACAAACGUAUCAAAACGUAACAGUUCAAACUAGAGAAUUAAGUGAUCGAGAAAUUUUUAUAGACGAAUUUAAGAAAAUUUAUCCGAUAUUAUUUGAACAACUGAAACAAAACAUUUUAGACGCAUGUUAUGAAGGUAAACAAAUGAAUUUCCCUGAUAUGGUCAUUCAAGGACAAUUAGUAGAUGAAAAUAAUUACGAUAAUGUGUUUAUUAAUGAUAUGUUACCACCAAAUAAUGAAACUAUUAAAACCUUAUUCGAUGAAAGUAACAUUGAACUAUCAAUGAAUGCAGUUAAUGACACUGAAGUUGAUUUAAGAUAUCGUUUUAAAAUAAAAAUUGAAGAUGAUUUACAGAUAAUUACUUGCUAUCACCCAAAAUCCAUGUUGUUUUCCUAUUUAUUUGAUAUAAAUAAUAGAUCUAAUUUCAGUGAAAUAAUUGAAGUUCCAAUUAAUGAAAAACUAGAAAAUGGAAAUUAUCCAAACAUGGAAGUGUUGUUUGACAUGAUUAAACACACAUUUGAUGUUGACUGUGUAGAAUCAUUCCAACGCCAAAUUGUAGCUGCAACAGUUUAUCCAUAUUACAUUUGUGUUGCUAAAUUUGCACAUUUAUUGAACAAAAUAAUUUUUGGUAAUUAUAUUUACGAGAACGAAAUAAUUACUAGAGUCGAGUGUCAUAAGAAAAAACUAAUACCUACAGUUGAAAAUUUAAUAAAAGCUAUUCAUGAAUUAAGUAUGAUACACUUUAUACCAAGUAGCGUUCGUGAACACAUGGAAUCCACUAAUCAAUUGUUAUGGGGAAUAAAAGAAAUAGUUAAGACUCAACAAAUUGAUAAAUUUGAUUCAGGAUUCAUCGAUCAACUUUAUUUGAGAUGUGCUCGUGUUAUGGAAUUUAAUUUAAUUCACUUCGAGACUGGAGUGAAAAACCCUAAUAUAUACGACCAUACCGAAUGUGAAAAAAUUAUAACUCAGUUGGAGAAUAAAAUUAAAAAUAUUCAAACACUCACAAAAAAUUUACAGAGUGAUAAAUCUCUUUACCAAAAUUUUAAAACAACACUUCAAUUUUUCUCCUUUCACAAAACAUUUUCGGAGAAAUUAAAAUGUAACAUUGUUCAAAAGAAUAAACAAGGUUAUCUUAUAAUGAGAAAAUAAUAAGAUUUUUUUAAUUAUUUUGAAUAUUAAUAAACGAAGCACAGAAAUCUUUAAUAAUUUAACCUUAAGUUACAAGAUAAUUUUUAAAAUUAUAUUACAUUUUGAUUAAGUUUUAUGUCUUUGUUUAGUUUUAUUAUUUUAAUAUAUAUUUUUAACUGUUUAAAAAUAAAAACUGUACCAUUUAUUAAAAGUCUGUACACAAUAAAAUAUGUUGAUGCAAUUUUUUGAUAUUC